AUGCUCUACUCCGCUUACCUGCAGACCUUGGAGCCUCCACACUUCUACAGCGAGGCGGAGGAGAGUGACUUUCACCAUUCCGUUCGUGCCUUCCUUCGUCAAGUGUCAAGGGGAGACGAUGAGGAUGUCACCAACGCCGCUGCCGACCUUGUCGAGUCUUUGUUCGACUGGUUCCCGCCGCUGGGCUUGGGGCUACAAACCCAGGUCGCUGUAGAGACGCCAGUGACGUCUUCCUUUAUGGGGCUCAAUGUCUUCCGUCCGUCUCUGAACUCGCUCCGGACCGGCACCACGGAAAGCACUUGGGAUACAUACUCCAUCCACUCGUCCUCAACGGCAGGGUCCCCAAUUAACUUUUCCGCACCUGACAGGCCAGGUCAAGGAGAACAAGUCCUUGGAGUUCCUGAGCUUCGCCUCACAGCCUCGACCAAGACGGAAAGUAAAGAAGGGGUCAAGCACACCUGGCGCCUCGCAACGCUUAUCAUCCACGUGAAACACUACAAGCUUAACUCUCGGCUUCUUGCGGGCAGCCCUAGAGCGCCGACAGGUACCCAGACAAUCCUUGCAGCCCUGUCAGAGGCUACAGGACUACUUGCAAAGGCUUGGAUGGAAUGUGGAACCUUCUGGAGCAUGAUCAUGGUCAACUCCCAGUUCAGCCGCUUGUGCGUCCUUGAUGUACGAGGAGUGAGGGAAGACAUCGAUGGCGUAGGUGCCACCCCGAUGACUGAAGCUGACGUUAAGCCCGUCGCACAUGACAGCCCUGUCGUGUUUACGAUGGCGCUGGAGGUUUCACCAUGGCUGUUACAUCAGCACCCCAAUGGACGUAUUGACCUUUCUACUUUACUGGGAAGAAAGGUUGUGGAUCCGCACCUUCUCCUCUGCCACGACAUGAUUUACAGUUAUCACGCUACGGCUCAACCAGUAUAUGAGCCGCAGAAUGGGGAGUACUCGCUCAACCACGAGUCGAUGGCUAUACUCUGGGGGUCUCUCGUUCGCGCGAUUAAUCUCAUCGGUAAGAUCCCGAUGGGCGAGCCACUGCGACGACUCGAAGCUUCAAGCGAGGCCCUCAAACUCUACUCCAGGCAGCUCCUGUCGUGCUCGCAGGACGUGGUUGUUUCAUGCGUGACACCGGCUGGUGAUCCGAAUCCGAAGCUGCAAACCCGGGCACCAGUAACACCCGAAACAUUGGAACCGCUGCCGGAGCCACUGAUCCGCCUCCAUGACACACGUGAACAGCGUGCCGUGCCCAGUGCCGGGAUUGGUCCCAACCGUGUGGCUGUGGGAACGGAAUCUGCUGUCGAUCGCGGAAAGACCAAUCCUGAGUUGCGGACCUGGCUCAACGACGUUUCCCUAGUUGGAGGGGACGCAGUGACCGAGCCGCUGGACGACGACAGUGAAGCUGCAACCAUUCCCGCCCAGCCGGAGACUAGCCUGGUGCUGCGGUUUGUCACCAGUCAAGAGAUGGACAUUUUGGAGCUGCUGCGUUUCGGCGAUGUCGCUGGUGCUCAACGUCGGGAAGAUCAAUCCUUGCUCUCGCCCUGUCUCGACUGUUGUUGCAUCGCAUGA